AUGAGUACCGACCACAAGAAUCCACAUGUAGCCAAGGUAGCUGUGUUGCAGAAGAAGCCAAAUAAAGAGGACGCUCUACAAUUGCUUAAACAUAUAGCACAUAGUAUUUCCUAUAUUAUGAAGGAAAAUGGGUUCAAAGUUGGAUCGUUAGUGGAAUUUUACCCUCGGGAUAGGAGGCUUCUUGGCAUGAACGUGAACAGGGGCAUGAAGAUCAUGCUGCGAUUGAGAAAUCCUAGCGAUGAGUUCCAAUUUCUUCCUCGAGAAUCAAUUAUGGGCACAGCGUUGCAUGAGCUCACUCACAACGUGUUUGGCCCACACGAUAACAAGUUUUAUGCUAAGCUGGAUGAGUUGACCGGGCGGCAGUGGGUUAUCGAACAGCGAGGGCUAUACGACACGUUUCUGGGCCAGGGACGUCGCUUGGGAGGCUCUCAGCGUCGUGAAAUUGAGCUGAAUCGAAGGCAGAACAGUCAGGUUAUUAGGUCUCGGGGCGUACGACUGGGAUCGCUCGCUGGCGGGCCCUCUGACCGAACUCCCAGAGAGAUGGCAGCAUUAGCUGCUCAAAGAAGGGCUGAUGACAGUAGGUGGUGCGGCGAGGCCAAGCAGGGCAGAGUCGAGCAGCCAAGCGACGAAGAUUUGGAGGUUAUCACUAUCGAUGGAGAGGAGAGUGAUGGCUGCUCGAUCAGAAACGGGAAUGAGUCCAUAGAAAUUAUAGACCUAACGUGA